ACCAUAAAGCAUUAUUCUUUAUUCAUUAACAGCUCUCACUUCUCACUCCUAUCUCAACCGUGUCGUCGGUGAAUGAAAAACAAACACCUUUGCUUCAAACAAACAUUAGAAACACAAAACAGAACCACCAAAAAAACAGAGCAAGAGAGAGACAUCAUCAUGCUUGAUCCACGAACACACGAACCAACCAAUCCAUUUCUUCUCUACAAUGGAAAUGGAACAACAACCACGCAUCGUAGUUACAACUCAUCAUGGGACGAAGUGGAUUCUCCUCCUCUAUGGAGCACGAGCCCCUCACGUGAUCACAACAGAGCCAACCACCACCACCACCAUUACAGAAGCAUGUCCCCUGCUUCUCGAACACAAGCCAUAGUCAGAGGCCAAAGGGAGCUCAUGGAGAUGGUUAAGAACAUGCCUGAGUUCAAUUACGAGCUCUCUCUCAAGGAUCUCGUCGAGCAUCACCACAGACAUAACAACAAUUCAGAGGAGCCGCCCACGGCGGCGGAGGACCAGGGGAAAACAAAGAGCCUAAAGAACGGUAGUGGCCGCGGCGGCGGCGGAGGUAGUAGAAGGGUGGUUAGGAGAAGUGGAAGCAUUGAUCGCGGAUCAGGUGGAUUCUAUCUGAAGAUGAUGAUCCCUUCUUUCACUUUGGGAUCUAAGAAGAAAAAUAAGAACAAGAACAAGAAUAAUGAGUCGUUGGCCUCAGCGAAUAACAGCAAAGUAUCGCCGAGGCCAACGACUAAUAAUAAUAAUUCUGAUAAGGAGUGGUGGAAGAAGAGUGAUGACAGUGGUUCUUCAAGCCUCAACAGUGGCAGCUCCACCAAGAGAUCUGGUAGCAGUAGCAGUAGUAAUAGCAGCUGCAGCACAAGUAAUUCCAGGGUUAGGCAUGAGAAGAGUAAUGGUCAUCGUUGCUGGCCUUGCAUUCCAAGACGCAAAAGGCAAACACAGAAAUAACAUUGUCGACAUGUUCGUGUGAUGAAAAAUGAUAGAGUACUUGUGGAAUGAAUGCAUCUUUUAUAUGUUGAAACAAGUCCACAUACACAGGCUCAUCAUGGAAUUAUAGCCAUUGAUAAUACUUUGAUUCGGCUUUAACUUUGAUAAAUAAUUCAGAUGAGUCCAACUUUUGAGCCUGGCUCUCAAGAAUAUUGUGAUCCAAUAUUACACUUUUACAAGUAUUGUUGUAUGUGCUUCAUGUAAUUAAUGUUUCACUGAUGUUUAGACAUGACAGGGCAUAUAUGAAAGUGGUGUGGGUUCUUUAGAUAUUCAUAGAGGUGGCUUUAACUAGCCUGUAUGUUUCUUUUAUUCUUUAUCUUGGUUGUACUGUUAGAUGGUUCUAUAUAUGACUAUGAAAUGAAUAGCAUUUUCUGA